GUCAUCCGCAGCACUGUGUAUGAGAACUCUGAGAGCAUACUCUCGGUAUGGCUCAAAUGUAGGUGAAUAGCAACCAGAUCCAAAUAUUAAUUCUCAUUACCAUUGUAGCAUGCCAGAAUACUCGCAAGGGCCUUCUCGGCCACAUCCAGGCGGGCCGAGAUCAACAAGGUAUAUCCGUCUGCCGCCGAGGCAUUGAAGGACAUGAAGCCGGGUUCGACUUUACUAUGUGGUGGUUUCGGUCUCUGCGGUGUUCCCGAUACCUUAAUUAACGAGGUCAUCAAGAAGCCCGAGAUUACGGGCAUCACGGCAGUUUCAAACAAUGCCGGUACCGAUUCUUCCGGGUUGGGCCAGUUGCUUAAGACCAAGCAGAUUAAGAAGAUGAUCGCCAGUUACAUCGGCGAAAAUAAGACUUUCGAAUCGAUGUAUCUAACAGGCGAGGUCGAGCUGGAGCUUACACCUCAAGGUACACUGGCUGAGCGUUGUGCCGCUGGCGGCAAAGGCAUUCCGGCCUUCUAUACCCCCGCGGCUUUUGGCACAGUGGUGCAGACUGGCGAGCUUCCUUUGAAAAACAAGAAAGACGGAACUCCCGACGUGUUCUCGUAUCCGAAGGACGUCAAAGUCUUCAACGGCAAAUCAUACCUUCUUGAGCACGCCAUCGCCGGAGACUACGCCUUCGUGAAGGCGUACAAGGCGGAUAAACUCGGAAACUGCCAAUUCCGUCUCGCUGCCAACAACUUCAACGGUGCCAUGGGUAGAAAUGCCAAGGUAACUAUUGUCGAAGCUGAACACAUCGUUGAACCUGGUGAAAUUUCGCCCGAAGCCAUCCAUUUACCGGGUAUUUAUGUUAAGAGGGUUAUCCAAAGCACCACAGAGAAGAACAUUGAAAAGUUUACGUGGGCGAAGGACGACGGGGACGCGGAUGCGAAGAAGGCGCUAGGCUCGGGUGACACGGCAGCCAAGAGAGAGCGAAUUGUUCGCAGAGCAGCUAAGGAGUUCAAGAAUGGCAUGUAUGCCAACCUUGGAAUUGGAAUGCCCAUGCUCGCACCUGGAUUCGUUGGCCCCGAGGUCGAGGUCCAACUGCAGUCUGAGAAUGGUAUCUUGGGUCUUGGUCCUUAUCCGCGGCAGGGUGAGGAGGACGCCGACCUGAUCAACGCUGGAAAGGAGACUGUUACUCUGAAGCCAGGCGCCGCAGUAUUCGGCAGCGAGGAGAGUUUUGGUAUGAUCCGGAGCGGUCGUAUCAACCUCACAAUUCUCGGAGCGAUGCAGGUCAGCGCUACAGGUGACCUUGCCAACUGGAUGUUACCUGGAAAAGUCAAGGGUUUUGGCGGAGCGAUGGAUUUGGUCAGCAACCCGAGCUCGACAAAGGUUGUCAUCACAAUGGAACACACAGACAAGAAGGGUAACCCGAAGAUCGUGAAGCAGUGUGCUUUCCCCUUAACAGGCCGGGCUUGCGUCUCAAGAAUUAUUACAGAGCUGGGUGUUUUUGACGUCGAUUUUGCUCACGGCCUCACGUUGAUCGAGAUUGCGGACGGCGUAACUGUGGAUGAGAUAAAGAGCAAGACAGAGGCUCCGUUCCACGUCGCCAAAGACCUGAAGCCCAUGUUGUGAGACAUAAGAGAAAUGCCUAUUUAUUCCCAAGGGUAUGCAGUUCUCCCCGUCGUCGACCCUAAACUUGAUCUUCCAAUAUGAGGAUUGUUCGUAGCUUUACGGCUAGGGUGGGGAUCCAAGCCUCCUACCGGGAUUAUUGAUUUUUAUUUACACCU